AAGAGUUAGGAGGUAAUCACUAUAUGUGGUCAAGUUGGUAAGAGCGUUUAAGUGUGGAAUUUCUGCACUCAAAUUCGAAUUCCGUCGGCGCUGAUUGGAGUUUAAAUUUCAAUCUAUUCUUAAUGACAAAAAAAAAUGAGGGAGCGUUUUAACAAGACUUCUAGCCCACGGACUAGUUUCUGGACUUAAGAUGUCUUUAAGAAUACCGUCUGAUCUCAAUAUAAAAAAUAAAAAGAAAAAAACAGGUAUAGGAGGGAAAAUCCACCAGAGCCAUAACCAUGGCUUCCUCUGCUCUUCCCCCACCUCUCUCCACACCCACUCAAACCCCCAUACCCAACUCUCCUCACAAUCUCUCUUCCCCAGUCUUCCCACUGCCAACUCUCGAAACCGCCACAAUUCGCUCCCGCCUAAGCAGACUCUGCCAAGAAGGCCAACCCCACCUUGCCCGCCAGCUGUUCGACACCUUGCCUCGCCCAACCACCCUUCUCUGGAACACCAUCAUCAUUGGCUUCAUCUGCAACAACAUGACCACUGAAGCCCUCUUGUUCUAUUCCCACAUGAAAAACUCCUCCCCCAGCACCAAAUGUGACCCUUACACUUACUCUUCCACCCUCAAAGCCUGCGCCGAUACCCGCAAUUUCAACAUUGGCAAGGCUGUGCAUUGUCACAUUCUUCGGUCCCUUCCGAACCCAAGUAUGAUUGUGCAGAAUUCGCUAAUGAAUAUGUACUCUUCCUGCAUUGGAGGCUUUGAUCAUGCCAAGUAUGACUUAGUACGCAAGGUGUUUGACACAAUGCGCGAGAGAAAUGUGGUUGCGUGGAACACGUUGGUUUCGUGGUAUGUUAAGACUGAGAGGUAUGGAGGAGCGGUUAAGCAGUUUAGGAUGAUGAUGAGGAUGAGAAUAACCCCCAGCGCUGUGAGUUUUGUCAAUGUUUUCCCUGCUUUAUCCGCCAUGAGAGACUAUAAAAAUGCCAAUGUUUUAUAUGGUUUGGUUGUUAGAUUCGGCGGUGAUUAUGUGAAUGACUUGUUUGUUGUGAGCUCGGCGAUAUUUAUGUAUGCCGAGCUUGGUUGCCUUGAUUAUGCUAGGAAGAUUUUCGACCGUCGUUUGGGGAGAAACACAGAGAUAUGGAACACCAUGAUUGGUGGGUAUGUUCAGAAUAAUCUUCCUAGGGAAGCAAUCAGCCUUUUCUUUCAAGCCAUACGAUCAGAUCCGGCUGUUCUUGAUGAAGUGACUUUUCUUUCGGUCUUAACUGCAUGUUCACAGUUGCAACAGUUGGAACUAGCUGGACAGUUGCAUGCUUUUAUUACUAAGCAUUUCAGAGUGAUGCCUGUUAUUUUACUAAAUGCAAUUAUGGUGAUGUACUCGAGGUGCAAUUCUGUUGAGACGUCGUUCAAGUUUUUUCAUAAGAUGCCGGAGAGGGAUGCUGUUUCAUGGAAUACCAUGAUCUCUGUGUUUUCUCAGAGUGGCUGGGAUGAUGAUGCUUUAAUGCUUGUUUAUGAGAUGCAAAAGCAAAAGUUUUUGUUCGAUUCUGUAACUGUAACUGCUCUGCUUUCGGCUGCAUCAAAUCUUAGAAACGUAGAUGUUGGACAGCAGACACAUGCUUAUAUUAUUAGGCAUGGAAUAGAAUUUGAGGGGAUGGAAAGUUAUCUCAUAGACAUGUAUGCCAAAUCUGGUUCAGUCAGGAUUGCAGAACGACUUUUCAAAAAAGACUAUAUGGUUGAUAGAGAUCAUGCUACUUGGAAUUCUAUGGUUACUGGGUACACACAGAAUGGUCUGAUUGAAGAAGCUUUUGUAGUUUUUAGGCAGAUGCUGGAGCAGAAGCUAAUACCGAAUGCCGUGACCUUAGCAUCAGUUUUCCCUGCUUGUAAUCCAGUGGGGAACAUAGAUAUGGGUAAGCAACUCCAUGGGUUCUCUUUCCGUCACUACCUUGACCAAAACGUCUUCGUGGGAACUGCUCUAAUUGACAUGUACUCAAAAUGUGGUGCACUCACUUAUGCUGAAAAUGUGUUUCUUGAAACCCAUGAAAAGAACUCUGUCACAUACACCACAAUGAUAUUGGGCUAUGGCCAACAUGGAAUGGGUCAGAAAGCUCUGUCUUUGUUUCACUCAAUGAAGAGAUCUGGCAUUGUACCUGAUGCGAUUACCUUUGUUGCAGUCUUGUCUGCUUGCAGUUAUGCUGGUUUGGUUGAUGAAGGUCUUUCUUUAUAUGAUUCAAUGAAAAUGGAGUACAACAUAAAACCAUUAACUGCACAUUAUUGUUGUAUAGCGGACAUGUUAGGGAGGGUUGGAAAAGUAGUUGAAGCAUACGAGUUUGUUAUAGGGUUGGGUGAAGAGGGUUACGUGAUAGAAAUUUGGGGAUCACUUCUUGGUGCAUGCAGAAUUCAUAAACAAUUUGAAUUGGGCAAGAUUGUUGCUGAUAAAUUGCUUGAAAUAAAGGCUGCUAAUGUCAAGACAGGCUACCAUGUUUUGCUCUCAAAUAUGUAUGCUGAGGAAGGAAAGUGGGAAAUUGUUGAUAAAGUGAGAAAACAAAUGAAAGAGAAAGGUUUGAAGAAGGAGCCUGGCUGUAGUUGGAUUGAGAUUACUGGUUUCCUGAACUGUUUCAUUUCUAGGGACCAAAAGCACCCUCGGUGCAGUGAGAUAUAUGGUAUGUUGGCGGAGUUGACUAUGAUGAUGAAAGAAGCUGGUUAUAGGCCUUCUCUCAAUUCCCAUCUAGAUGCAAUUUUGGAACCUCAUUAGUGAAUCAAAGG